UAAUAACAAUAAGGGUAGCCAACUUUAUAAUUAUAAUACCGGUUCCCUUGUUUAUUUCUCAUUCUUAAAAAAAAUUCAGUCAUCAUUUUUCUAAUACUUAGUUAAUUUAAGAUAAAACUUCCAAUUAGUGCAGUGACCACAUCAUUCAGAAAAUGGUCAAAUUAGUAAUAUUUUGUGUUCUCUUGCUGGGCUUCCAUGUAAUGGGAAAGAAAUCUAAAGAUGGUGAGAAGCCAGAAUGGGCAAAAAAGGACAUAAGAGAUUACACUGAAGCUGAUAUGGAAAGACUAUUAGAUCAGUGGGAGGAAGAUGAAGAACCCUUAGAACCAGAUGAACUACCAGAACACCUUCGUCCAAUGCCUCAGAUAAACCUCAACCAAAUGGAUCCAAAUAAUCCUGAAGACAUGUUGCAAGCAACAAAGAAAGGUAGAACAUUAAUGACAUUUAUUCAAGUAGCCGGGAAUCCAAGUAGAGAUGAGACUGAAGAACUGACUAAACUGUGGCAGACGAGCCUGUGGAACAAUCAUAUACAAGCUGAAAGAUACCUUGUGGAUGAUAAUCGAGCCAUAUUUUUGUUUAAAGAUGGAUCUCAAGCUUGGGUAGCGAAAGAUUAUCUAUUAGAACAAGAAAAAUGUGAAAGCAUGACAAUAGAAUCAAAGGUGUAUCCAGGAAAAUACUCAAAAAAUGUGGACAAACAAGAAUUAUAAACAUUCUCAAUAAUUGUUAAUUUUUAUAAAAUAUAUUUUUUGUUAUUUUAUAA